AUGGACCGCACUGCCUGGCUCGAUGGCCUUCGAGGCAUCGCAGCGGCCAUCGUCGCGACGGAUCACUAUUUUAUGGGCGCCGUCUUAGACAAUGCCUUCCUCUCAUUCUGGGCCGAUCCGCCCGCAGAAAACCGCAGGCUAAUCCAAUUGCCUCCGAUUCGCAUCAUUUUCGCAGCGCACGCCAUGGUCCCUUUCUUCCUGGUGAUCUCGGGCUAUGCAAUCUCUAUUAACCUUCUACAACUUCGCAACCGCGACGACGGCGAUUUCGUGCGUCGUCUGUCCUCUGCAGUCAGCAGGCGGAUCUUCCGCAUUUAUCUACCUGUAUUUGCUAUCGCCGUCAUAUCACAGGUUCUCUAUUUCUGUAAUAUAUACCAAUGGGCCUUCAGUGAGGAGGUUGUUCAGGGUAGGAAGCCUUGGACUUCACCAUGGUCACACAUCACCUACGUCUUCCGCUAUAUGCUGGACAUCAUGAACAUUAUCAAUGCUCAAUGGAACGGUGGCUUGAAUGGCCAGCUUUGGACGAUGACUAUGGAAUUCCGCGGCUCCUGCAUCGUCUAUAUUAUGGUCUUGGGACUGGCGUUCUGGAGGCCGCAGCGCCGACGCAUAGCCCUUGGAGCCCUGAUCAGCUACUGGUUCUACUUUGGUGUCUGGGAUGUUUCUGCCUUUCUAGCUGGCCUCUACUUGGCUGAGACGCGGCUUCUCUCCGAGGCGAACUCAACAGACGAAGAAUUCAAAUCGUCCCAUCAGUCUCCGAAAGGUUGGGUGUCAAAGUUGAAAUUCAUUAAUUUCCUUGCAGUCUGGAACUAUUCCUGCUUCCUUUUUGGAUUUUAUCUAGUCUGCCUUAGCGACGAUGGUGGAUUGCCACCUGGCUAUCGGUUUCUCAAACUUGUCGAGUCGUCACGCUGGGAAGGCAAUUGGGAAGUUCUCAGCAGAUGCUGGAAGACAGUAGGCUCUGUGCUCGUGGUCUAUGCCAUAAGCGAACUGCCACUUCUACAACGGUUAUUCAACGCAAGGCCUAUACAGUAUCUGGGCAAGAUAUCCUUCUCGCUCUACCUGGUGCACCAAUCUGUUUAUCACCUUGUGCGUGAUCCUGUGAUAAAUAUCUUGUGGUAUAUCGCAACCAGAGAGCAAUAUCCUGACACGGAGGACACUAGCAAACCUGGAGGGCCUUUGGCGUUUACAUGGUUGGCAGGUUACGUGGUCAUGUCUGCAAUCAAUUUGUAUACUGCACAUCUGUACACAAAGUAUGUUGAUGAGCGCUGCGUGAGGAUGGCAAAAAGGAUCGACGAGUGGCUUACUCGGCCAUGA